AUGGACAAAAAGGCAAAAGAGGAUCUCAGUUCAUCAAUGACGGCUUCAACAUCGGCCAUAAUCGAGGACUUUGUCGCUUCCUACGAGAAACAACGCGACUUCUACUGCCGCACAGCAAUUGCUGUUAGAAGGGUCUGCGAGGCAGCCCUCGAAAGACAUCAUAUACCAUGCCUAAUCAGUCACCGAGCAAAAGAAGCGGCAAGUCUACGCAAAAAGCUAUAUGCCCGACAACUUCUCCGAGGCCAUGUCUACUCCAGCAGGGAAGAGAUCAAAAACGAAAUUUCCGACCUUGCUGGCGUACGCAUUGCUCUCUACUAUCCUCGGCACGGAGAGGCAGUCAAGCGCAUACUCAAUGACGAAUUUACUGUCGUGGACAAAAAGACAAUCAGCCGAAUGGGCAUCGACGAGGCAAUCCACGGCGGCUACGAUCGAUGGUUCCCGGGCUACUGCGCGAAGCACUAUCGGGUGCACCUCAAGAACGGAACGGUCAACCAGGAAGGCGUCCCUAUUCUCAACACAAAGAUAGAGAUCCAGGUCGUCUCUGUGCUGCGGCAUGUCUGGGCCGAAGUGGAGCACGACGUGGUCUACAAGGGGAAGCUCAGGGCGAGCAGAGACGACCACCGCAUCCUGGACGGUUUGAGCGGUGCGGUUUUUCUCGGCGAAUGCUUUCUCGAUCAACUGUAUCAAACCCAGGUAGCAAAGACUACUACCGACGACAAAGGUUUUGAGAACGUCUACGCGCUAGGAUCAUUUCUGUGGAAUUGGACGGCCUCCCUCGGGCAUUGCCAGGUGGAAUACCCUGUUGAAGUCGAGUUUCUAAAAGAUCUGCUCGGUAUUCUGGGACUUAACAAUCCACGAACACUACGAGAUAUUCUCAGUCAGAUCGACCUGUCUACUCGAGAAGGCAGCGAAUGGCAUUCUUUCCGGGCCGCUUUCCACCCCGCCAGGUCCAGCCUUACGAUGUUCAUAAUGGCCCGGAUCCUCUCAAUGCCGGUCGGAGCCAGCAAGCUCGACAAUACUCCAAUGGACGAUCCUGGACCCGAUCAGGCACGACUGGAGCUGGGACUUGUUUCUAGUUCCCUGAUUUGGCUCGAUCGGGUGUAUCCGCUCUCGUCUCAAUUAUUUGGAGCUCUCUUCGCCAGUGACUCAUGGGACCGUUAUCUGCCUGGAAUCCGGUGGCUUGAUUCGCGGAAAGCCCAGGAUUAUUGGAGGGGGAAUGCAGUGCUCACCGACGAGGAAAAGUACAGAAUCAACGGUCUUUUCCAGUGCUUUGCGGGAAACAGGGAAAAGCCUAUUCAGCUUGCGUUUGCGCUUGCCAGAUUGGGUGUUCUGAAAAGAUACGCUGCUGACUGGUUGGCGUUACGUCGCGUCAUCUCGCCGUUGCUUAUUGUAAUAAAGGCUCGAUAUUAG